AUGAGGGAGCCUCUUGGGGAAUCUCGAGGUGCUCCUUCCUUCGCUUCAGUGGUUGUUGCCUCUACAAAUCCUUUUCCUACCAUUCUUGAUCCACCGGCGGUGGAUAUUCCUUUGAAGGUACCUUCGAUCAAGAUGGGAGAACCGACGGUGCUUUUCUUAGAAGAAGAUAUUGAGAAAUCUCUCUCCUCUCUCCAAUUUGCACUGGUUGGAAAAUGCUCAUAUGGUCCCCCUUCCCUUGUGAAAAUCAGGGAAUUUCUGGUAAGUAUGUUCAGACUCCAAAAAUCUAUUAUUGUCACUACAUUAGAUCCUAGGCAUGUGCUUCUCAAAUUUGAAAGUGAGGAGGACUCCAUUAGGGUUUGGCUAUUAGAGGAUAUUUUUAUCAAGGAUUUUCUUCUAAGAUUUCUAAAAUGGAUGCCUGGGUUGGAGUUAGGGUGGGAACCUUCAAUGGUUCCUCUUUGGAUUUCUCUACCAAUGUUGCUGAUUAACCUAUACAAUGAUAAGUACCUGCGAUCAAUUGUACAGGUAGCAGGAAGAGUAAUAAAAGUAGAUCUGGCAACUACUCAUUUAACCAGAACAACUACGGCCAGGGUUUGCAUGGAGGUUGAUCUGUUGAAAGAAAACCCUAGUCGUGUUUGGGUUAGGCUCGGCAAGGAGGGUUUCUGGCAAAAAAUAGUUUAUGAGAACCUCCCCAAAUACUGCACCUUCUGCUUCAAACAUGGUUAUGGUGAGGGGGAAUGCAAACUGAAACUGAAGAGAACUUUGAAAUCUGAGGGAGAAGUGGCCAAGCCUAAGUCCACUUCAGCUCCAAAGCCUGUAGAACUUGAACAAGCACCCAGGAAAAAACAAACUGUGAAGCAGGUUUACCAAGAGGUUCGAAGAACCCCAACAACUGUCCUAGAAAUUGAAGUGAUAGAAAACCCAAAUGCAGAAGAGAUCCAAACUCAACAAAAUGAAAUCCUAGAAUAG